AGUCCUACAAUGACUACAAGUCCCGUAGAGAGAGGAAGGAGGCGUUUCACCGCCUGGCUUUACAAUACAAGCAUAGAGGUGACCCUUCCGUCUAGUCCUUCUGAGAUCACCGGGAGAACGGCACCGAGACAGCUCCAGCAUCCUAGCUAACAUGGCUGAACCAAUCCGUGUUGUGGUGACCGGCGCUGCAGGCCAGAUCGCCUACUCCCUUCUUUACAGCAUCGCCAAGGGAGAUGUAUUUGGGAAGGACCAGCCAAUCGUGUUGAUGCUGUUGGACAUCCCUCCCAUGCUGCCGGUGCUGGAGGGAGUGGUCAUGGAGCUGCAGGACUGUGCCCUCCCACUGCUGAGAGAGGUGAUCCCCACAGACAAGGUGGAGGUGGCCUUUAAGGAUGUAGAUGCCGCCAUCUUGGUUGGCUCCAUGCCAAGAAAGGAGGGGAUGGAGAGGAAGGACCUGCUGAAGGCCAAUGUAGCCAUCUUCAAGACUCAGGGGGCUGCUCUGGAACAGCACGCCAAGAAGACCGUCAAGGUUCUGGUUGUUGGAAACCCAGCAAACACCAACUGUCUGAUUGCCUCCAAAUCUGCUCCGUCCAUCCCCAAAGAGAACUUCUCCUGCCUGACCCGUCUGGACCACAACAGAGCAUGCUCUCAGGUAGCGAUGCGUUGCGGCGUUUCCUCCGACAACGUGAAGAACGUCAUCAUCUGGGGUAACCACUCCUCCACUCAGUACCCCGACGUCCACCACGCCAAGGUCAACGUGAACGGCGCUGAGAUGAGCGCCUACGACGCCGUGAAGGACGAGGCGUGGCUCAGAGGAGACUUCAUCUCUACGGUGCAGCAGCGCGGUGCUGCCGUCAUCAAGGCCAGGAAGCUGUCCAGCGCCAUGUCUGCCGCCAAGGCCAUCUGUGACCACAUGAGGGACAUCUGGUUUGGCACCAAGGAGGGCGAGUUCAUCUCCAUGGGUGUGUACGCUGCAGGAAACUCCUAUGGCAUCCCAGAGGAUCUCAUCUACUCCUUCCCCGUUCAGAUCAAGAACAAGACCUGGAAAAUGGUGGACGGACUCCCCAUCAACGACUUCUCCCGGGCCAAGAUGGAUGCCACAGCGGCUGAGCUGGUUGAGGAGCGGGACACGGCCCUGGACUUCCUGUCCCAGUGACUGUCUCCCCCCGCUAGCCGACAGCAACAGCAGCACUUAGACACCACCAUAAAGGCUUGCUGCUCGCGGCUAUGAUGAAGAAGAAACCUUCCAUUGUUCUAAACCGUCCGUCUGUGUGUCACCUCUGUGUGUGUGCGUGAGUUUGUGCGUGUGUGUCAUAAGGCCACCUCUUCAGGUUUUCAGAAAACCCGUUAAACGACCACAACCUGGCCUCGUCCUCUUCAGUCUGCAAGGCGCUGAGAGAACGUGUCUGUUGGUAGAUGAAAACGCACACUAGCUGUCCAGAAACUGUAACAGAACAAGUAUUCACCAAUAAAACAACGAGAACCUUAA